UUGGCUGAGCUGAGUGACAUUGGAGAAGAAAAAUAAAAAUCAACUCUCCAUCAUCUGUUUUAUGGUUGAAUUUGAAAUCAAUUCUGGAUAAAGAUUCAGCUAAUUUAAUUUAUUUUUUGUUUUCUUAAAAUAAUCAUCCAUCAUUCCUGUAUUUAGUUGCUCCAUAAUGUCUAGUCUAAAUAUACCUCUUACACUUUUUUUCAUAUUGUUUUCUUGUAGUCAACUCAGUCAAGUUGCAAGUCAAGCAAAGAUAGAGGUGUGUAGUGAUAAUUAUUCUGAUAAAAAUGUCGAUGGCUGCCUCAUCAUUGUGGAAAAUUGUGUUGUACUAUGGAUGAAUUCCAUUCAAGUCGAAUGGGAAAUCAACGAGAAACCAUACUUUGAGACGAUAAAUCCCAAAACUAAUAAACCUGUAGUCAAAAGUGACUGUAGUAUUACGGAGCCAAAUCCAACAGGACAAGCUGUAGGCUCCAACCUUACACUGUCCUUCACAACUGGGCUCAAAAACGCAUCUUCAAUUGACUUGGAUUUAACUAUAACAUCUAAUAAGGCUAACCGUUAUUGGAUUGUAGACAAGGCAUCGAUCAAAAUCGACUCGCAAGAAUUUAAUCUGAAAGCCACCGAGUUAACUGCCGCAGACACAUUCUCCUUUAGUUGUUCAUCUGCUAUAGUUCAAAGCAUCAAAUCGAGUAAAGAUACCUCCAAAGAUUUUGCCAUCGUUCAAAUAAAAAGAUUACAGCUUCAGCCUUUCAAAGCCAAAAAUACGAAAGAACAUUUCACAUACUCUUACGAUUGUGCAACUUGGUUCACCCUCGGCACAUGGAUGGGUCUUUUGGCUCUUCUUCUCUUCAUAUCAAUUGUAUCUUUCGGAGUAUACAUGUUAUCAACAAUUGAAACCAUGGAUAGGUUUGAAAAUCCCAAGGCCAAACCUCUCUCCAUACCCGUUUCUGAAUAAUAUACAAAUUGAAUGAUUUUAAAAUUGGUAAAAUAAGGGAAAAAAUCGUGUGUGUCCCAUCGGAAAUCAAGUCAUAUACCUACUCCAGAAAACAAAAUGAUUUGUUUGUUUUUUUUAUUAUCAAUUAUCGUUGUAGUUGAUAUUAUUUCUAUAUUCUUUACUUAUGUUUUCAUUAUUAUGAAUGUAAUUCAAGAUAACUCAGAUCUCUUCAUUGUCGUUUUACGACAGUAUUUCCUUCAUUUUACACGUAUAACCUUUCCUUUUUUACAUGUAUAAAUAAGUUGAGUGUUGAAAUUAAAAAGAACUUUGUUUUUAAAAUAUAUUAA